AUGGGUGUCAGACAGCACGCUCGCCAAACCGCGGACACGGAGCUGUUUAACGUAGUGGAGAUGUUGCAGCGUGCCGAGACUCCUCUGUACUGGGUCGGUGCAAUAACCACGGCCUCGCUGGUGCUCUGGCUCCUCUACCACAUCCUCACCGGCUUCAGGAUAUGGGUGCUGGGAAAUGGAGAUUUACUCUCCCCUAAAUUGGGGAAAUGGGCAGUUGUGACUGGUGCCACAGAUGGAAUUGGGAAAUCCUAUGCAGAGGAGCUUGCUCGGCGAGGAUUUUCUGUAAUGCUCAUUAGCCGCUCUCAAGAGAAGCUGGAUGAUGUUGCCAGGUCCCUAGAGAGCCUGUAUAAUGUGGAGACCAAGACUGUUGCCAUAGAUUUUGGUCAGAAUGAUAUUUAUUCUAAAAUUGAGACUGCACUUGCUGAGAUAGAAAUAGGAAUCCUUGUGAAUAAUGUUGGAGUUUCCUACCCCUACCCAGAGUUCUUCCUUCAUAUUCCUGACUUGAGCCUUUUUAUUGACAAUAUGAUCAAUGUCAACAUUACUUCAGUAUGCCAUAUGACUCGACUGGUGUUGCCCAGAAUGGAAGCUAGGGCCAAAGGAGUUAUCCUCAACAUCUCAUCUGCCAGUGGCAUGUACCCAGUUCCACUGCUCACUGUCUAUUCUGCCACUAAGGUUUUUGUGGACUUCUUCUCCCGUGGACUUCAAGCGGAGUACAAGUCAAAGGGGAUCAUUAUCCAGAGCGUGCUGCCUUUCUUCGUGGCCACCAAGAUGACAAAGAUCAGGAAGCCCACUCUGGACAAACCUCUGCCUGAUCGCUAUGUAGCUUCUGAGCUGACCACUGUGGGGCUUCAAGAUCAGACUAAUGGCUACUUUCCCCAUGCAGUCAUGGGAUGGGUGACCACUGUUCUGGCUCCUAUCAGGGUGGUCAUUUACUUUGCCAUGAGGAUGAACAAGGCUCAGCGCAGCGGUUACCUCAGAAGAAGAAAGCUGAGAUAGCUCGUGGCCAUUGUCUAAAGAGAAAUUACAAUGCAAACCACAUCCAAAGUGUCCUAUACUUCCUAGUUUAGGCACGAGUGCCGGACUUUGUAUCAGUGUUCAAAAGGUUAAGUUUCAAGGCCUGUGUAUUGUAUUAUCUCAUUACAAGCAGUUCAUGCAUGUACGAACUACUGACCAUACAGAUGUCACACUGACAUGUCUUGAAUGAAGUAGUUCAGAUUUUGGGCUUUACUUGGUGACAGGUUUCCUCUUGGCUUGGGUGAUUUGGGGAAUUGGGGGUGCAACUUUACAAGCAGCAUUUGUAGAAUGUUGUAUUGGUGCAUUGAGAGCUGUUUUACUGCUGUUGCAAGCAGAGGGUAUUUGAAAGUGGGUUUGACACAUUUGUCUGUGUAUAUAAAAGUCACAUGUACAUAGU